AUGUCAUCACCACCAAAUAAAUCAAUUGAAAUUAUUGAAGAUUCAAUGAACAUUUUCUUUGAAGAAAGUAGUGACGAAGAAAUUGUUUACUCAAAUCAUACAUAUAAACGUUUAGAUAGCGUAACUGAAAAUAAAGAUAUUAAAGAAAUUCCAGUUCGUUUAUCACAAAGACACAGCUUAUGGGCACAUUUACCAUGGAAUGCUGGUAUUGCUUUAUCAGAUUAUUUUGAUAGUGGAGCAGUAGAUUUUAAAAAUAAAAAUGUUUUAGAGUUAGGCGCAGGUGCAGGUUUACCAUCAUUCAUUGCAGCAUUAAAUGGUGCUAAAAAAGUUUUACUUACAGAUUACCCAGAUAAAGAUUUAAUCGAUAAUAUGCUUUACAAUAUCGAAAAUGCAGUUCCAAAUUCAAUUUCAGAGAAUCGUAUUUUAGGAAAACCACAUCUUUGGGGUAAAGAACCAGAAAAAUUAUUUGAAUAUUUAGAAAACCCAACCACUGAAAAAUUUGAUAUUAUUAUUCUUUCAGAUCUUAUUUUUAAUCAUGCUACACAAGAUAAAAUGUUAUUAACAUGCGCAAACUGUUUAUCAGAUGACGGUAUUAUUUUUGUUACAUUUUCACAUCAUAGACCAAAUAGAAUGGCAAAGGAUUUAUAUUUCUUUGAGUUAGCAUCACAAGAACCAUUCAACUUUACAUCAGAGAAAUUCAACGAGCGUAAGAUGCACGCAAUGUUUGAAGAUGAUUUGGGCCCAGAGGAAGUUCGUGCUACAGUUCAUUUUUACCUUUUAAAAAGAAAGCAAAACUAA